UCUGUCAACUCUUACGAUGAUGUUGAUUGAGUAGAGUUGAUAGUGUCGUUUAUAAUAUGCGAAAGGAAAAUUUGGGGUGUCGACUUUGUAAAAAUCGUUUUAUUUUAUAUUAAAUGCAUAAGAAUUAACAAUUUUUAUUUAUCUCUGGUUUUGUUUUUGAUUUUACUUCAUCUAAGAGUAAAUUCUGAAAAGAACAUGAUUCUUUACAAUUAUCACCGAUGACUGUUGAUUAUACUGUAGAUAACCUCAAUGUAUUGUGUACAAAGUGGUUUCUAAAGUGUAAACAGAAGGCAAUGUAAUUGUGUUAUGUGUUGUAGAUUUAAUUGUUUUGCAUAAGAAAUUAAAUAGAUUUUUCCAACUAUAUUGAUUAAAUCAACCAGUGAAAAACUGCUAAUAAUGGAUUCCUCCAAGGAGUUUCACCUCACUUCCCCCACUAAGAUCAUGGCUUUGGAAUUGGUGGUUAGCAAGUUAAAGAAGCUGAUCCUCGUCAUCUUUGGUUUGAUCAAGAGAUCAUUAUGUUGUUUCAAGAGAAGACGGAGAUCAUCAUGUGACUCCAUCCCUCUCACUGGUGUGGGAAUUGGAACUCCAACACACUAUGAAGUGCAGAAUAAUGAUGUUGAAUGGACAUGGGAGGAACCUGUGGGGGUUGUAUCAGAGCCCAACUCUAUACAACAUCAUAUAGAGAUGUACCGCCAACAAAACUUACGUGGAUAUCCUGAAAAAGUAGAAGAGCCUCAACCUGAUUUCUUUGAGGACAUGGUUCCUAAAAUCACAAAACAGACUAAACUGCAUUUGAGACCUCAAAAUUAUGAAGAUUCAAAUGCAUCAUCACGCUUAAAUUUUGCUCCGGAGGCAUUGCCAACAAUGGUGGGACCUGAGCUCGGAUCUUGGGAGGAAAGUGAAGGACAGAGAGGUAGUUGGGAAGAUGCAGAGUCCUGGGAUGUCUCAAGUCUGGUUCGAGAAAAGAGGAAAGCGGAACGGGCUGCAAUGAAACGGGACCAAGGACGAAGUACUUUAGGAUCUAAAGUCAGUUGAUCUGACUAACCUUAAGAGAGUUAACAUUUUAUUUUUGUAGUGAUAGGUAUUGUACACAUUAAGUUUUUGUACACUCAGUUUUAUCCUAAUUUUACACAUGUAAAAUUAUUGUUUAUGUAUAUAUUUAACAACUAUUGUAAAUAUACUAAAUUGUGUAUCUGUUUUGUUCCAUUUUUCAUUAAAACGUGAUACCUAUAUAAA